GUAUUUGAGUUGUGAGGAGGGAAGAGAAGAGAAGGGAAGUGAACGGAACCUGAGACUCUUGAGGUCUUUACAUAGAUUGAGUCUUUUGCGUGACCCACAUGUUACUCUGAGUGAGUGAGUGAGUGAGUGAGUUGAGUGGGGUGAACACCCGAGGGGGAAGAAGAAAGAAAAAAAAACUUGAAGUUGCAUUUCAAGAACUCUAUAUUGCAAGUCUUGCAGAGCUGAAUUUGCACCCCCCACACCAUCACACACCCAAUCUCACCAUCUCCCAAGAUGUUGUCCCACAUGCUCUCUUUCGGCCGCUCGCUGGUUCGGCGGAAGGUGGUGGACAUGGACGCGCUGGAGGACUCCAAGCUGUGCCGCUGCCUGGGCACCGUCGACCUCAUCGCCCUGGGCGUGGGCAGCACGCUGGGCGCCGGCGUCUACGUGCUGGCCGGCGAGGUGGCCAAGGGCAACUCGGGGCCCAGCAUCGUCAUCUCCUUCCUCAUCGCCGCGCUGGCGUCCGUCAUGGCCGGCCUGUGCUACGCCGAGUUCGGGGCGCGCGUGCCCAAGACGGGCUCCGCCUACCUGUACAGCUACGUCACCGUCGGGGAGCUGUGGGCCUUCAUCACCGGGUGGAACCUCAUCCUGUCCUAUGUGAUCGGUACCUCUAGUGUGGCACGAGCGUGGAGCGGCACGUUCGAUGAGCUCAUCGGGGGCCACAUAGAACAGUUCUGCAAGACCUACUUCAGGAUGAACUCUCCCGGGCUCGCCGAGUACCCCGACUUCUUUGCCGUGUGCCUGAUCCUGCUCCUCUCAGGCCUGCUCUCGUUUGGAGUGAAGGAGUCAGCUUGGGUCAACAAGGUGUUCACCGCCGUCAAUGUGCUGGUUCUCCUCUUCGUCAUCAUCUCCGGCUUUGUGAAAGGAGACUCCGCCAACUGGAGCAUAUCAGAGGAGUCUCUCGUCAACGUCACCAUCAUCAGAAGAAAUCUGUCUAUCAUGGACAAUGUCACCAGUGAUUACGGUGCGGGUGGAUUUCUGCCCUAUGGCUUCAGUGGGACGCUUGCUGGUGCUGCGACUUGCUUCUAUGCAUUUGUUGGCUUCGACUGCAUCGCAACAACAGGCGAGGAGGUAAGGAACCCCCAGAAGGCUAUCCCCAUUGGCAUCGUGGUGUCCCUCCUCAUCUGUUUCUUGGCCUACUUCGGGGUGUCGGCGGCGCUCACCCUGAUGAUGCCCUACUACCUGCUGGACGAGAAGAGCCCCCUGCCCGUGGCCUUCGAGUACGUCGGCUGGAGCCCCGCCAAAUUCGUGGUGGCCGUGGGCUCCCUGUGCGCCCUCUCUACCAGUCUGCUGGGCUCCAUAUUCCCCAUGCCACGUGUAAUCUAUGCUAUGGCUGAGGAUGGGGUGCUUUUCAAAGCGUUAGCCCGAAUCAAUCCUAAGACGAAGACCCCGCUUAUUGCUACAAUGAGCUCCGGUAUAGUCGCAGCAAUCAUGGCUUUCCUGUUUGACCUGAAGGCCUUGGUAGACAUGAUGUCCAUUGGCACCCUGUUGGCUUACUCUCUGGUGGCUGCCUGUGUCCUCAUUCUCAGAUACCAGCCCGAUGGUUGUGGAGGAAAGAGCAAGGGGAACAGCGACAGGGAAGCGGAGGCUGAGUCCGAGCUGACCGAAUCGGAGUCACACCUCAACAUGCUGAACAAGGAGGGCGGACUGACCCUCAGCUCCAUCUUCAAGCCCUCGCUCCUGCCCACCGAGCAGACCUCCACCGUGGUCAACAUGAUGGUCGGAGUCAUAGUGGUGUUGGUCUGCAUCAUCAGCGUGAUAACCACACAUUACCAAGAGGCCAUCGUUGCCAUGGCAGCCUGGGCCCUCGGCGCCUUGGCGGCAUCGUUCGCUGUCUUCAUCAUCUGUGUCUUCAUCAUCUGCAAGCAGCCUCAGACCUCACGCAGGGUCUCCUUCAUGGUGCCCCUGUUGCCCUUCCUGCCCAUCCUGAGCGUGUUUGUGAACAUAUACCUCAUGGUGCAGCUGAGCGGAGACACCUGGGUCCGCUUCGCCAUCUGGAUGGCAGUGGGGUUCCUGAUCUACUUUGGCUACGGCAUCUGGCACAGUGCGGAGCACAAGCGUGAUAGGCAGAGCUGCGGCAGCCUGCCAGAGAAGGAUCCCGCCAUCAACAAGGAGGCUAGCAACGAGAAGUUCAUCCACCCAGACAAGACCAGCCACUGCUGAGGCAAGCUGAAGACAGGCGAGAUGCCUGGCCUGAUGAACCCCCAUGUACAGUCACACCAUUUUUUUUAGAAGAAGAUGAAUCGCCAACUCGUAGUCUUAGCCACAAACAGACAUUCUGAAACAGCCUUAACGAGGCUACCGUCAGACCUUUUUUCUCGGAGGACCUUUCUCCUGAUGUUAUGUGCCUUUCUUGUGUAGAAAAUGCCGACAGGUGUUGUUUGGUCCCCCCUGACGAAGCUCUAUGCGUGGACUUGAUCCAGCGAAUGCAACUAGGAGACAGGCAGGCACGUUCUGUGCGUGGAUGGGAUGGAGUGGUGGUUUGUGUGGUAUAAGGGGAUCACGCAAGCAAUGCCCAUUUUCUCAGCGUAUGAUUGAGGAUGAGGAGAUGUUUGUUUUUUUAAAGUCUAUUAUGAGCUUUUGUGUGGGUUCCAGACAGUGAUGUCGGAGCCAUUUAGGAGCUAGUUUUUAAGGUGAGAGAACACAUUUUGUAUGAAUCUUAGCUAACAUUUACUAGCCUUUCCUUCUGUCUGACGAGGCAUCAAGAGCUUAUGUGGACCUGGCCACUGCACUGUGACCUUAAAAGCUUUGAUUCAUGGGAUCAUAUGCUCGCUCUCUGUCACUGUGUCUUAUAAGUUACAUAUGAUAAGAUAAUGAAUGGACAGUCUGAAGACUUGACUAGAAUAACGCUGCUGUACGAAGCAUCUUCUGCCUGCUCUUGUUAGUCUUAGCCACUGUGUUAAAAAUAUCCACCUCCACCCUCUUCAUUUAAAGCUCAUGUAUAUUUUGGGCAACGAUGGUGUAGUGGGUAGAGAUAUGACGUUGUGUAGCACAUGUUAGCGACUUGAACUUGAGCGACUCCAAAGCAGUAGCCUACAGGUUGAACGUGUAUGCCGCUCUAGACCUUUUUGAGCCAACUAGGGACAGCUUGACACUCUCUUUCCAGAUUGUCAGAUUGGCAGCCAUGUAAAAUGUAGCUGGUAUUUUGAGAAACUGGCAGAAGUGCCUUUUAUUUUGCUCGUAGCGUGUAUAGCGCUUCAAUGGACUCCACAGCCCAACGUCAAUUAGCUACUAGCACGAUUCCACAGUUCCACGCACAGUGAAUUUUGCCAUGUUAAUUCCAGCCUUAGAGAGUAGGACCAACUAGAAUAAAAAGUAAAUGUGACUCUAUAAGUGCAGUGAAAUAACAUUGUAAAAGGCUACUGAGGAACUUGAAGGCCCUCAUGGAGCCAUUAUGAUCAGUCAAGGAAUGCAUAAUGGCCAAUUACCAUGUUACACCAUCAAAGUACAUACAGUAACUUAUGCAUGUAAUGAAAUUAGAAUAUUUGAUCAAUAUUAUAAUUUGUCAUGCAUACUGUUUGUCAGGCGUGAAGUUUACACUCUACAUGUACGUACAUUAAUAUGGAUUGUAAUAUGGAAGUAGAUGGAAAAGCACCACUGUGAUACAUUUUCACUAAUCAUGAGACAACAUGCAAUGCAUCAUAUUUUUCACUAAAUUGAACCAAAAUGAGCAAAUGCAGUGUUGCGAGGUUGUAUUAACAAAUGCAUUGUGUUGAAAGUAUGCACAUUUAAAGGAAUUGUGCAGGGCGAUCAGCAUCAAAUAGAUAAGCCCGUCCUACUGUUUAUAAAAUUGUGCUGUCUAAUGCACUUUCCUUUAACAAUUUUUUGAAGGCAGCAUGGAUGUAAUUUCGUCAGUGCUGCCCUCUGUACAUUCAAAAUCAUAUAAAGCCAUCUGGUAGGCCUGCUAUAUAAGCAAUAGAUGAAAUAUUCUUCUGGACCUAGCCUAGUAAACUAGCCCUACCCGCCAGCGGCCGAAAUUAUUUUUGCCUGCGUGUGGGUCUAGCCUCGGACAAUGCCCCAGGCGCUGAAACUGGCUGGCCAAUCAAAAUGCAGCAGACUUGUUUUGAAUCUUUGAAUGCAAUGCGGACGGGGUUUUGAGGGUGUGACGACAAAGUCUUGGCCAAUAGGCACAGACACAGUUUGAAAAACAACAGGGUUGCUUCCAUCAACAAUCUCUCGAUGUGUCAUUCAUCGAGGCCAGACAAAAUUACACAUUUAAUCUCACAUUUAGUCUGGUUUGUCAGGCUACUUCUGGACCAAUAAAGUAAAGGUAUCUCUACUCUUCUACUGCUAGUACUACUAAAAGCCUCCUGUGCUGCUGUCAAGCUAGUGUAAAACGUAGACCUGUACCUUGAUGCCUGCCUGCUGGGAUGACUUGUUAGACGGUGGCAACCGUCCCGUUUUGGACACACUGAAAAAUGUUGUUGCUGAGCAUGACCUUCAUUGCUGAAGAGGUGUGGUUUCCUGUUAGUCAAGCGAGAUAUAUACUGUAUACUGCAGCUAUUCUGCAACAUGACAUGCGACAACUAGUAAAUACACAUAUCCUGACCUUUCACGUUUGCGUCUAAAUAUGUAUCACUCGUACGUAAUAGCGUCUAAGAUAUCAAGUUCUAAUCAUAUUUCAAUCCAACCAUGCAGGAACUACCAAGGAAAGCGGCCUGUCGUAUUAUGGCUCACUAGCGCCCCACUACUCUGACCUUUCGUGCCAAAAAAGUGGGUCAUGGACCAGUUCCUAAUCAUCAUCCAAAUCCUAAUUAAUGUGGCCUUUUGGCAUCGUUGAGAGUGCAAAAUCCUUGACCGCGUAUUUAGGUCUUUCAAGGUUGUGAGUUAAGUAGCAACCACGCAUUCCAGGGGCCUCAUGUACAAAGCUUGCUGACGCAAAACAAAACAAAAAACAGAAAAAAGCUACGUACAAACUUCUCAUGCAAGCAUUCUGACUUAAAUCUGACUUAACUGGGUCAUCGUGAGAAUUUGCAUGUGCGCUGAAUUUCAAGCUAAAUAGGAUGUACCACUAGAGUGUACAUAAAAACCUGUUUACGCAUGGAUCGAAGCAUCUGAAUUGACAUAGUUACAUAUUUAUCUUUGUUGCACAUUUUAACAUGCGCAAAGUGUCAGUAGGAAAUCAGUACGUGAGGCCCCAGUGGCGUAGCCCCUUAAUGCACGCUGUACCUCCAGUGGCACGCUGUAGUAGUCAUUGAAAAGUUAACUACCAUAGUACUACAGUACUAUGACAUACCACAGGGCCUUUAGUAAUACACUAUGACUUGGUCAUUGCCAUUCUGAUAACAGCAAAUUUAUAACGCCGUGCCUUAAGGGGUUAAAGUUUAAUGCAGCUUAUGAUGAUUGGCCAGUCACCUAACCUUUCUCCAUAGUGUUUUUGUUUGUUUGUUUGUUAUUUUGCGUUUUGUUUUUGUUUUCAUGUAGUAGAAUGACUUAGAGCACUGACCGGCUGACAUGAAUAC